AUGGGCAAACGCAUCGUGGUCACCGGUGGCUCCGGCAAAGCCGGGCAGCACAUCCUCAGAUAUCUCCUUGACCAAGGUCAUGACAUUCUCAACCUCGACCUGAUCCCUCUUCCAGCGGAUCUGGAGAGUCGAGUACACACGCUGAAGGUCGAACUGACCAACACCGGCCAAGUAUACAGCGCCCUAGGCUCCCAUUUCCACCUGUCAGAGCCAUUCCGUGAGCCACUCGGAAUUAUCCCAGAUGCGGUCAUUCACCUGGCGGGAUAUUCACGCAACAUGAUUGCCCCAGAUGAUGAGACAUUCCGCUGUAACACCCAGGCAACGUAUAACAUAAUCGAGGCUGCAUCCCGCCUGAACAUCAAGAAGAUCAUCAUCGCUAGUUCAGUCACUGUCUACGGUGUUUCCUAUGCAGAGGGUGAUGUGGACUACCCUUCCUUCCCCGUCGAAGAAACAGUCGAUGCAAACCCUAUGGAUACGUACGCCAUCUCCAAGGUGUGUGGGGAGCGCGUUGCCCGCGGCUUUUCCCGCCGAUACGGGAGCGACAUCUAUGUCCUGCGUAUCGGACGUAUUGUUGCGCCAGAGGAGUACAAGGAGGCCAUGUUCCGGUCUUACGUUGAGACGCCUGAGAAGUGGGCGCCGCAUGGCUGGGCUUACAUUGAUGCACGCGACUUGGGUCAGAUGUGUGACCUUGCAGUGAAAACGACUGGCCUUGGCUUCCAGAUUUUUAAUGCUAUUAAUGACGAAAUUACGAAUUACGAGCGGACGGCGGAUUUCCUUGCUCGGGUUUGCCCCGGCGUUCCAAUUACGCGGGAGUUGGGGGCCAGAGAGGCGCCCAUCAGUAACCGGAAAAUCAAGGAAAUGCUUGGGUUCAAGGAACAGCAUCAUUGGAUGAAGUACUAUGAAUAG